AUGAUGCUCGAUUAUCCUUCAGGGCGAGGAAUCGUAUUGCGAGAGAUCAGCAUGUUGCUCAGGUACCGAGAGGAUGACGGCCACUUUCAUAGCCCAGUGGAAGGUUGCCACUACCGCCAUGAACGCUCAGGGACUCUGAAAUCACACCUGCGGCAUCUGCAUGAGAAAAAGAUGCCGAGACAGAUGCCAUCAACAGCAUUGCAGGGUCCGACUAGCAAUCGCCCCGCAGUACAUAAUGAGCCCGCUGUUACGACCGGCACCGGCCCUCCUAAUCGUCAAAAACCUGCUCGGAUGCGCACGAAAAAACGUGUGGUCAAGCUUGAUGAACAGCACGGCAUUGCCGCGGCGCGAAUUUUCAUGGACGAGAUUGGGUGCCUUGUAUCCCCCGUCUUUGAGUCUCCAGUGUGCACGCAGUGCGGCCAUGUCCUGAGAGGCAGGGUGACGCAUCAUCUGUUCAAAAAGCACCAUGUGCGGUGCAGCCAAGAAGAUAUUGAUGCAGCCAUGGCACUCCUGCGCCCGCUGCAGCCCGAGGAGCCGCCGAUCGACCUUGGGGCAGAAUCGGAGCCUCGUAUGCCUAUUGAAGGCAUACCCAUUCUGGACGGUGUGGGUUGCCCCCUGUGUCAGGCAUGCUUCACGACAAAAGGCAGUCUGUGGAAUCACAUCGUAGCCGAGCAUCCCGACGAACCAGAGGCCAAGCAGCUGCCUCGACGAGUCAAGCUGCAAAAGCCGCUGCGUGGUGCUGGGGCCCGCUGUGUCGAGGUCAUUGUCGAAGAAGGCCACGAUGCCUCGGCAGCCGACGUCAGCGAAAACGAGGAAGAGCUGGAGGAGCAGCAGCGGUUCAAGCAGCUGAUCUCCAGCACUCAGGCCAUGGCGUCAGAGGCCAAGGAGAAGCGCUGCCCGCACGGCGUUCACCAGAUGCAUCCGUUCUACGACAGCGUGGACAUGACGCUGGUCAUUAACGAGCUGAAGCCAGAGCGCAUGGUCGAACUGGGCCACAACACACCGUCGGCACUCCUCGAGUCGGGCAUGCACGAGCUGUUCUGGUCGGCCUACGAGCAGCUCUCGGAUCAGGGCCUGGCCGCCGCUGCGGUGACGCGUCUGUUUGACGACAAUGAAGGGCAGUAUCAGCAUCGUCCCAUGCGACAAGUACAGCCGCAAACCGUCAGCAGGUACCUGAGUCUUGGGACACGCCUGGUCCAAUUUUUGCUGCUGCUGGAGGCCAUGCCAGCCCCCGAUCCGUCCAGCUUUCUGGGCCAGGUGCUUGCCAGCCGUGGCUCUGCGGUAAUCAAUGCCACCGCGGCUCUGAGUGCGGGCCUGGACGCUGGAAUGACCAAGAAAGAGCUGGUCGAGCCCCUGACGUCCCUGUGGCUGGCCCUGGUGGAGGUGGAGCUGAGCCUCUUUGACAACGACAAGGUGCACUUUGUCAACGUCUUCCUAUUGUGCACGGCCGUGUCCAAAGGAAGCGGCAUCCUGCAAGACAUCAGGCAGUGGACCACAACGCCCGCUGGACUGCUGUACGUAUUCAAAUUGUUUCUGCUUCGCCGUGGCAAGAAUGAGUCGUGGUCAGUGGCCAACGAGCUCAGGCCGUAUAUGCAGCCCGGGCGAUUGGUGCACUUCUUAAGCCAGCGCAUGAGCAUGGCACGAACAGCGAGCAUGGCCGAGGGGCAGGCUGGAGUCGACGUCGAUAUCCGAGCCGAUGGCGACGUGACGGACGAGACGCUGCGCACCAUUGUCUGUCGAGGCAUUGAGCUCAAUGUGGAGGAGCUUGGGGCUGCGCUGGAGCAGAUGCGCAAAGACAUGACGGAAAUAUUGGACAAGCACCUCUUGCUCGACUCACGCCUGCGGAAAGAUUACGAGAAAGAAUAUGAGCGGCUGCGAUUGAAGGAGGAUCGGACCAACAGGGUCAAGAACUGCUGGGCGCUCGGCAAGUUGCUAGAUCCCCGCGCCGUGACAUGCUUUGCUGCCGGCCAGCCGCUUUGUGACGUGUGCGCAGGAACAGCACAGCGCCUGGAGCCAGCAAUAGCUGCGCACCAGCAGCGCGCUGCCCAAGCGUUGAGUGUGGGGCAUGUGGAAGCAGAGCCCGAGGCGAUGGCGGAGGAGGAAGAUGUGUUGUCUGAGCCACCUGCAGCACGGCUCGAGGAAGAAGAAUCGAUCGGGCCAGAGUCCGCUUUGGAUGUAACUUCAGCAUCGAACGUUGACACGGCAGCAUCACCAGGACCAGGUGCCGUUGCGGCGCAGUCGAGCAGAAGCACUCCACGUGCCCAGGACACGGCUGUGGUGGCGACAAAUGGAGGGCCAAUGACGGACGCUGCUGUGCCACGGAUACAGACGAGUGCUGCUUGGAUUGAUGAGGCAGAUACAGCAUCCAUGUCGGUGCCAGCUUCACCCAUGGUCUCUAAUGCUGAUGACGAGGCGCCUUUACAGCAAGAGGCGCGCGGCCCGGAGCAAACCACGUUGGCAGAGGGCGAGAGCACGCCACAGCCAGUCAUUCAGUCAGCAGCACAGCCAACCCCCACGAAACACGCGCCAACCCCGUCGGCCUCGAUCAUUUGCGUGCCAGUACCAUCGGCCUCGGGUUCAACCUCGUCUCCGGCGCGAUCGGCUGCAAGCUCAGCCUCGGGUACACUGCGGCGUAAGCGAGUGCCGCUGGCUGCUGAAAGUACAUGUGCCCCUGGGUCUGGCGAUCAUGACGACGAUGGCAACGGCACCGCUACCAGCCCUGCUCCCUCAACAUCCAAGCGAUCGGCAUCGGAUGUCACGUGCACAGCUGCUGCUUCUUCAACAGCGGCUCAAGCAGCGGAGUCGCCUCUUCCCGCUGCAAAACGAGCAGCAUCGAGUGGCACGCGCACCGCUACCGUUGCCGCUACUGCUACCACUCGCUCUGAAGCCACGGUAUCUGCUGCGGCUACGCCACCGAAUCGGCACAACGUCGCCCCAAUAUUUCGGUCGAAAUCAGGGACAGAAAAAAAAUAUCUGAUGCACCACGCGGCGGCUGACAAGUUUAUUGGCGUUCUGAAGUUGAUGGAUGAUUAUUGCAUGCGAUGUACUAUUCGACAGGCGAAACCCGUCCUGAAGGCCGAGCAUCAAUGCGUAUCUAAUCGUGGUUGCAAGCGGUGUCACUUCGAAGGACACGAGACAAGACUUAAAAAAUGUUCCGUGCACCUCGCAUACCCCGACAGAGCCUGUUGCUACGCUUGUGGAAUGCCAAGACGCGCCACGAUGAAGCGGGCCAUGGGUGGGGCGCGCGCGCGCUCCUGGUGGUGCGUUGUCGUCGUUGUGGCGCGACGGGCAAGUGCUGCCGAGGUGCAAGCGACGACAUGGAUGAACGGGUGGCCAAACGACAUUGCCGCGUGA